AUGGAGAAGUUUGAGCGGUACUGUAAUGCGAGGAAGAACCUAACUUUAGAAAGACAUUCAUUCUUUUCAAGGAAUCGACUUGAUAGGGAGACGAUUGACGCAUAAGUGACUGACUUGCGUAAAAAGGCAGCAAGAUUUGAAUUCGGUGAUUCGAAAGAUGAAUUGAUCCUUGAUCGGAUUGUUUGUGGUAUAAAUGAUGACACCGUGAGAGCCCGACUUCUAAGAGAAGCAGAAAUGACCUUGGAGGGCUGCCUAUAUAUUUGUCGGCCGGCUUAA